GUCGGCUGUUUGGGAAGGUAAUACAAGAGAACUGCGGGACAACGUGGAGAAUUUGUGUUUACUUUUAAGAAGAGUUUGAGUAGCGAGCGCCUCAUGGGCCAUAUUUCAUGAACGCGGACCCGAGUAGUUAACUUUCUACAACACCCAGCUGUUGAUAAGGCUUUGAAACCCUACUAAUACUGGGCUCUUAUUAAGGGCCCAGACAGCGGAUCAGUGAAGAUCCAACGCCCGCUCUGAACACUUGAGCUCCGGCGCAGCUGAACGCGAACUCUCGGGCGGAUAGCGCAUUGGGACGGAAUCAUGUCUCAACCCGGAGCACCUCCUCGAUGGAUGAAUUGCCCGAGAAGAGGGCAACCUGUGGCUGGUAAAUUUCUGCCCAUGAAAACCAUGCUUGGACCACGGUACAAUGAUCAAGUCCCUGAGGAAAACAGGUUUCACCCCAGCAUGCUGUCAAACUAUCUAAAGAGCUUAAAGGUGAAGAUGGGUUUGCUGGUGGACCUGACCAACACGAGCCGGUUCUAUGAUCGGGCAGAGAUAGAAAAGGAAGGAAUCAAAUACGUAAAACUUGCCUGUAAAGGUCAUGCUGAAUGCCCUACAGUAGAGACGACAGAGACGUUCAUCAGACUGUGUGAACCCUUCAUUGAAAAAACACCCACAGAGCUCAUCGGCAUUCACUGCACGCAUGGCUUCAACCGCACAGGCUUUUUAAUAUGUGCCUACCUGGUGGAGAAAAUGGACUGGAGUAUUGAAGCCGCUGUGGCAGCGUUUGCUCAGGCUCGGGCGCCGGGCAUCUAUAAAGGAGACUAUCUGAAGGAGCUCUUCCGUCGCUAUGGUGAUGUAGAGGACACCCCACCUGCACCUGCCCUCCCUGAGUGGUGCUUUGAUGAAGAGGAGGAUGAAGGUGUGGAUGAUGAUGGGAAUGCCAUCGCUCAGGCGUCUGAGCCCGGCUCCUCACACUCCACUCAUGGCAAAAAGAAGAAGGAACGACUGAAACUGGGUGCUGUGUUCCUGGAGGGGGUGUCCGUCAAAGGAGUCACCCAAGUCAUGUCACAACCCAAACUCGGCAAGAUCCAACGGAAAUGCCAGGAGUUUUCUGAGUGGGACAAAUCUGGGUUUCCUGGUGCUCAGCCCGUGUCGAUGGACCGCAGAAACAUUCGUCUGUUAGAGCAGAAUGUUUAUAAAGUCAGCUGGAAGGCAGAUGGGACACGGUACAUGAUGUUAAUCGAUGGUAAAAAUGAAGUUUACAUGAUUGACAGAGACAACUCAGUGUUUCAUAUAGAAAACCUGGAGUUUCCUUUCCGGAAGGAUCUGCGCGUUCACCUCUCCAACACAUUAUUGGAUGGGGAGAUGAUUAUCGACAAAGUGAAUGGUCAGCCUGUCCCACGCUAUCUCAUCUACGACAUCAUUAAAUUUAAUGGUCAGCCCGUCGGUCAGUGUGACUUUGACAGACGUUUGCUGUGUAUUGUGAAGGAGAUCAUCUCCCCUCGCUCUGAGAAGAUAAGAUUGGGCCAGAUCGACAAAGCCAAGGAGCCGUUCAGCGUCAGAAACAAGCCUUUCUUCGACAUUCACGCUGCACGCAAGCUGCUGGAGGGCAGUUUCACCUCUCAGGUCAGCCAUGAAGUGGAUGGUCUGAUUUUCCAGCCUAUAGGGAAAUAUAAGCCGGGCCGAUGUGAUGAUAUUCUGAAGUGGAAGCCGCCAAGCCUAAACUCAGUCGAUUUCAGACUCAAGAUCACCAAAGUCGGCGGGGAGGGACUUAUUCCACAGACGGUGGGGCUUCUGUACGUGGGGGGGCAUGACGUGCCCUUUGCACAAAUGAAGGUUACGAAGGAUCUGAAACAGUAUGAUAAUAAAAUCAUAGAGUGCACAUUCGUCAAUAACUCCUGGGUGUUUAUGCGACAGAGAAUUGACAAGAGCUUUCCUAAUGCAUAUGACACAGCCAUGGCUGUGUGCAACAGUAUCCAACAUCCUGUCACCAAGGAAAUUCUCUUUGAGUUUUUAGACAGAUGCGCGCAGAUGCAGUCACGCAAACAUCCACCUGACUCUGAACUCAUGCCUCCACCAGCACCAAAGAGACCUAACCACACCAUACCAUAAUGACACAACACAGCUGGAGCAAAACUUAAGCAGUUACAUAGUUUUUUAUUCCUGAAAUAUUCUGCCGGUCCACACAGCAAGAGACUUUUGGAGAACGUUUUGCUUUUUGGCCUCAUUGGACUUCUGUUGAUGAGUGAAUCUAUUUAAAGACAUUGAUCAGAGAGCUUAUUUCAACAAUGAGUUCUUAUUUAAAAAAAAAUAAUAAUAAUUAAAAUGGAAUGGUUUGCAUUUUUUUUUUUAUUAUUAUUAUUAUGUUCUGUAUUUGUUACAGUGUCCUCUGAUGUUUGUUCUGCAGUUAUUUGUUUUUUACUGAAGAGAACAGUAAAGUGUGCUAGAUUAAAGGAAUAGUUCACCCAAAAAAGAAAA